AUGAUGGCAGAGGGGGUUAAUAAUAAUAAUAAUGGUCAUAAUAAUGAUCACCUUUCCGGAAACGAAUAUGAGAUACUGGAACAGAGGUCUAUAUCAAAUGUUCAAGUUGAAUCUAUAUCAAGAUUUCUAUCGGAAUGUCCGGAAGCAGCUUUAAGCGUACACAAGUUUCUGCAAACAAAUUAUUCCAAGUCAAAUCAGCAACAACAAAUAGUGCAACCAGUGAAUUCAACUCCUAGGCGUGGACAUCCGCUAGACGAAAGUGGAAGUUCGAUCAACAAUGGAAGGGGUCGUCGUAAAUAUCCUCGAAAAGGUAUCGACAGCAGCGCACAUAAGCAAUCGCAAUAUGUACAACAGGAGAUUAAUUUACAACCACAACAACCAUCGUCUUCAACGUCGUCAGGUGAAAGACAACAUCAAGUGAUAAAUCAAGCUUCUACGAAUCGUAAAAGAAUUUCUUUUAAUCAAUUGAAGCACGCGGUAUCUUCUAAUCUGCCAUGUUUUUUUAUCGAAUUCACCUCGGAGGCUGAUCGUCAUAGUAUUCCAACAGCUCUUCAAGCGAGUGAUCUUAUACUUAAAGAAUUACAAUCGAAGGGGGUUUUAAUUAAGAAGUUUACAUUAGUAGGAUGGUCAGGAAAAAAGCUCAAGUUAGGUGUUAAUAAUAAAGAAGAUUACGCCACGCUCGUUGGUUCGGAUAAAUGGCCUACAAAGAUAAAUGGAAUUGAUAUUGUCGUUGCGAAACCUAAAUAUGUACCCGAUUCAUUUGCUCUGGUAGUAAGAUACGUUCCUAGGGAACUAGAAGAAAAUUUUGUCUCAAAUGAAAUACAGAGAACAAUUGCCUCUGCAGACAGAAUUAAACGUAUUCAUUAUUCAUACCAAAGAAGAACAGAUGAUUAUCGAUUCGAUGUAAAAGAUUAUAGUGAAUAUAAUGCUGUUCUCCAACUGGGUCGAAUAGCAAUAGGUCAUUCGUGGUUAUCGAUCACCAAGUUUUAUCCUGGUAACCGGCUAACAUACUGCACGAAAUGUUGGUGUUUAGGUCAUUUAAGAAAUAAAUGCAAUUCAGAAAACAAAUGUCGAAUUUGUCUUGAGAAUUUGAGUGUGGAUACUCCGCAUAUGUGUAAAAAUGAACCGAAAUGUGCUCAAUGUGAUGGAAAUCAUCAUUCAUUAGAUAGUCAAUGUCAAGUUAAAAAAGAAUAUAAAGACCAAUUGAAAGAGGACGUUGAAGAUGCGAUACAAAAAGGAUUCUUACAGCGAUUAUCACUGCAAGAAAAAUCGCCUGUAUUCGAACUCUGUGAUCAAGAUUUUCCACCAUUAACAACAAGUGAUAAUCAUUCUAAAAAACAAUGGAAUAUUGCGCAACCACGUACAUCAGAUACAGAAAAAGCUUUUGAAUCUAUCAAUGAUAAUCUGGCAAAGCUUAUCGAUAGUAACAAACGACUAGAAAAUAAAGUUGAUCUAUUAUCUUCAAGCAUGAAAACCGUUACGCUCGACACUCAACUACAUCAAGCAGUCCUAGCAGAUACCAUCAACAUUAUGAAAGAUUUUAUUCAAUAUUUUAUACGGGCAACGUUAAUUUCGAGCAAGAGUGAUAGAGUAUCGUUGGUGCCAGUGGCGAAUGAAUUCUACAAUCGCUUUCACGUUGCAUCCUCAAGAUUAAUAAAUGGCUUCCAAUUAAAUCACCAGGUUCAAUUGAUUCCAACUUCGCAUAAUAAUAAUAUCGUUCAAACCGAUCAACAGUCUUCAUCAAUAUACAAAUCAACACAGAAUGCUAAGUAG